AUUGCAAAAUAAAAAUUUGCAAUUAGCAGAAAACAAGUUUUUCCUACAAGAAAAAACAGCAAUAAACAGUACGAGGCAUUUAUUUGGAGUGUGCGGGUGUGUUCAUUUGUGCAAUUUUAUAUUCAAGCUUCAGCAAUUUACGCGUAUGUUGUCCUCUGGCUCUCCUGUUGGCUUAGCGGGCAAUCUUAAUAACAGUACAACGGCAGCAAUCAUGCAACAAUCGAAUGCAUUUUCAGCCUAUGGUGAACGCCCCCAAAUGGGUUUAGACGUCGAAUAUGGGACGGAUCCUGCAAGUGGCGCGAUUUUUAAAUUCGAAGGACGUAAACAUGACGAUUUGAAGCAAAUGCUUGAUAGCAACAAAGAUGGCUUAAAACUGGAGGCCAUGAAACGUAUUAUCGGUAUGAUAGCACGAGGUCGCGACGCUAGUGAUUUGUUUCCCGCAGUUGUGAAGAACGUCGUUUCAAAAAAUAUUGAAGUGAAAAAGUUGGUUUACGUAUAUUUGGUACGCUAUGCUGAAGAGCAACAAGAUUUGGCUUUGCUUUCUAUUUCGACAUUUCAACGAGCUCUAAAAGAUCCUAAUCAACUGAUAAGAGCUUCAGCCUUGCGAGUGCUGUCUUCAAUACGCGUCAAUAUGAUAGUACCUAUUGUAAUGUUAGCCAUUAGGGACUCAGCCUCCGAUAUGAGCCCUUACGUGCGAAAGACUGCAGCUCAUGCUAUACCCAAACUAUAUUCUUUAGAUUGCGAGCAAAAGGAUGAAUUAGUUACUGUUAUUGAAAAACUCCUAUCAGAUCGUACCACUUUAGUUGUUGGCUCUGCGGUUAUGGCUUUUGAAGAAGUAUGUCCUGAGCGUGUAGAUUUGAUACAUAAAAACUAUCGAAAACUCUGUAGUCUGUUGGUCGACGUAGAUGAGUGGGGCCAAGUUAUAAUAAUCAAUAUGUUAACUCGUUAUGCCCGCACCCAAUUUAUUGAUCCUAACCGUGAUGAUCUCUCCGACGAGGAAAGUGCACAAAAUGAAAAUACUAUCAAGAAAUUCUAUGACGACGACGAUUCAGAGUGCGAGUCAAACAUAACCGAAGGAGAAAUCAACAAAAAACAAGCAAAUAAAACUGAUAGCUCGAAAGGGAAGCCGUUUAAUUCAACAGCUAGCUACCAUGUCGAUUUAGACCAUCGGCUAUUGCUUAGGCAGGCUAAACCCUUAUUGCAAUCACGAAAUGCAUCUGUUGUAAUGGCAGUUGCACAGCUAUAUCAUCAUGUGGCGCCACGUCAAGAAGUGCAAAUCAUAGUAAAGGCCCUGAUACGUUUACUCAGAUCGCACAAAGAAGUACAAAGUGUAGUGCUAACCUGCAUCGCGUCAAUGUCUACAAAACGGAAAGCAAUCUUUGAACCCCACAUUAAAUCGUUCUUUGUGCGCACAAGUGAUCCAACCCAUAUAAAGCUAUUGAAAUUGGAAAUUCUUGCAAAUUUAGCAUCUGCUUCAAGCAUUUCAUUAAUUUUACGUGAGUUUCAGACGUACAUUUCCAGUAGUGAUCGUUCGUUUGUCGCAGCUACUAUCCAAGCCAUUGGAAGAUGUGCUGCUUCUAUAAAGGAGGUAACAGAAACAUGCCUAAAUGGUCUUGUUCAUUUGCUAUCCAAUCGUGAUGAGCACGUGGUUGCUGAAAGUGUGGUAGUUAUCAAGAAACUACUACAAACGAAGGCAGCUCAACACUAUGAAAUUAUUUCGCAAAUGGCAAAGCUGCUGGACUUCAUAAAAGUUCCUGCAGCGAGAGCUUCCAUUACAUGGCUCAUCGGCGAGUAUAAUGACAAAGUGCCUAAAAUCGCCCCAGAUGUCCUGAGGAAAAUGGCUAAAACUUUUGUGGAUGAGGAAGACCCUGUUAAAUUACAAGUUUUAAAUUUAGCAGUAAAAUUAUACCUUAAAAAUCCUCAGCAGACGUCUUUGCUAUGCCAAUACGUUUUUACUUUGGCGCGUUACGAUGUUAACUACGAUAUACGUGAUCGCGCGAGAUUUCUAAAACAAUUUAUAUUCCCGGCCAAUAGUAAAAGCCCUGUGCUGUCCGAUUCAGCUAGAAAGAUAUUUUUAUCUACCAAACCAGCUCCCACAUUGGAGAGCAAGUAUUUUACGCGCAAUCAUUAUCAGCUAGGCUCACUUUCUCAUUAUUUGAACAUGCGUUGUGCCGGUUACACCGACUUGCCUGAUUUCCCAUCUGAGCAAUCAGAUUCUUCCGUUCGUAAUGUAGAAGGGUUUAUGCAGGAGACAAAGGCAGUAAACCACUCAGUAAGCAAUCAAAAACAUGACGCUGCACGAAAACAUGACAAACCGUUAAAUAAAUCUUCAAAACAAGCGGAUAAUAAUCUUUUUAUGUCGGACUCUGAAGAAAAAUCAUCCGAUUAUUCUAGUUCAAAAGCAAGCAGUUCCUCAAGCCAUGGUUCGAGUAUCAGUGAAGAAAGCUCUUCAGAAUCUGAUGUAGAAGGUAGAGAAGUUAACAAGACUUUUACAAAUGAUAAAAUUCAAGCCAAUACCUUAAACAAUAAUAAUAAAGCGACCAAAGUCGUCAAAAAUAAUAUUAUAAUAAUAGCGAAUAAUGCUUCAGAUAGAAAUGAAGAGUCCGGUACAUCAGAUAGUGAAUCUUCAUCGUAUAACUCCUCGACGACAUCUUCGUCUGAAGCGACCGAUGAAAGUAAAGACGCCGAAGCGGCUUCUGAUACGAAUUCAAAGCUUGAAAUCGAAUCAAUUCGUAAGCGAGUUAGUAGCAGUAAAGUAGAAAAAGGCAAACUAUUAAUGAAUAAACACGAAGGAAGGAAUUUGGAUUUGCUAUUGGAUUUGAGCGAUAUACCGCCUAUCGGACCGGUAAUGACGCCUUCUUUAGGGGGUUUCUUUACACCGAUCGGUCCAGUGCAAACGAUUGGUCUCAUGCCGCAUUCUGCAGAGAGCCAUGUGGAUCUGGUGGGCCCUUCCUACAUCUCGUAUAAUUACAAGGAACUUUUAAAUAAACUCAGUGCUCAUGGUCUACAAAUAAACUAUCGCUAUACGCGUUCGCCACAUCUGUAUUCUUCAUCCAUGGUGUCCAUUGAGUUGCAGUUUUCCAACCAAGGCGUAGAGGAGAUUACCAAUAUACAAAUGGACCAAAAGACUCUACCACGUGGCAUGCAUAUGCAAGAAUUUGCUCCCAUUAAUACAUUAGUGCCGGGUCAGUGUGCAAUAGGUAUAUUAGGCGUGGAUUUCAAUGACUCUACUCAUGCCUUAGUUUUCGAAAUUUGCAGCAGCUUAGAGGCAAAACGCAUCGUUUUUAAACCUGUUAUAGGUGAACUUGUACGAUCAGUACAAAUAUCGGAAACAAUGUUUAAAGAAGAGCGUACAAAAUUGAGAGGAAUGAAUGAACAUCAGAUCAAAUUAUUAGUAAACGAAAAUGUCUUUGAUGUGUCAAGUUUGAAGCAAAAGAUAUUUGAAUGUAUUAACGUGGCUCUUAUAGGGCAUGAAAUAACUGACCAUCAGCAGCAGUUGUUCUUUGCAGGUCAAACUAUGUCCUCGAAAAGUCUAUUGUUAAUAACUUGCAACUGGUCGCAACAGCAAAGCGGUGGCAUACUUAUAUUUCAAGUUAAUUGUGAGAAAAUGAUUAUUGGUUCGAUGGUUCUAAACGAAUUGGUUCAGUACGUGAAAAUAUCCUUUAAACUAUAAAAAUUAUUAAAAACGAAAAAAGCUUGAGCAACGAACUAUACAAACAUAUAACUGUAAAACUAUUUAAACUAAUUAAACGUAGAAGACGCAAUGACCUGCUCGUGCUCCUAUUCACACAUACUCAUUAACAUGCUUAACAUAAAAAUGAAGGAAAAGAAAAUGGCUUUAACUAGAUGUCCUCGCGGAACAGAAUUGAGGCCAUCGUUGAAUAUGAUCUUAUAUGUCAUAAAAAAAAAGAAAAUAAA